UUCAACACUACUAUAUAACAAAUAAUUUGAGUUAGGAUGUUAAGACUUACACAGACCGUGCUCCGGCCAACUUGUCAGCUGGUUCAGCAGACUGUAAGCUAUCACGCCAAUGUUAUUGAUCACUACGAGAAUCCCAGGAAUGUGGGAUCCUUCAAGAAGAGUGAGGGUGGUGUGGGGACUGGUUUAGUUGGAGCCCCCGCCUGCGGUGACGUCAUGAAGCUCCAGCUGAAAGUAGAUGAUGAUGGAAGGAUAAUUGACGCGAAGUUUAAAACCUUUGGAUGUGGUUCUGCCAUCGCUUCAAGCUCACUGGCUACAGAAUGGGUCAAAGGAAAACAUGUGGACGACGCUUCCAAGAUUAAAAACACAGACAUUGCCAAGGAACUGUGCUUGCCCCCUGUUAAGCUACAUUGUUCUAUGCUAGCAGAGGACGCAAUCAAAGCAGCUAUCGCAGACUACAGGACUAAGAAUACCAAAGAAUGAGAUAUUGAGAGCCGACCCUCCACAUUUGCACUGAUCGUCAAAGAAUUAAUUAGACCAUCUUAAAACUUUUGACUUUAUGUGAUAAUUUGAUACCAUAGCCAUUGCAUGUUUGUUUAUCUAUUGUAUUUGAAUUCACAAAAUGCGAUGCUACGGUUAAUUUAUUACAUGGGUGACAGUGUUCCUUACUAAACAAAAGAUUAUUGCCAUAAAAUUGUUCAACAUUUUAACAAGUUUUAGCAAAUAUUACACGCAUUUCAUUUCUCUUUGGAUUGUUUUGUGAACAAGACGUUAAGACUGUGUAACAAUCAAAGAUUCCAACAAAAUUCUUUGUUUACGAA